AGAUAAUAGCUUCAAGCUAGCAGCAAUUGAUCACAGGACCAUAUGGUUAGAGAUAGCACCAGUUUAUCCAAACGCGACAGAUAGAAUAAUCAUUUUUGCUGAGUUCAAUUCCGCCUCAUCCAUCUAAUAGAUCAAAAUUCGAUUCCUUUUCUUUAUUUUCGACAACAACAGAAAAAUUUCUUUUKGGGAUUAAAUCAAAAAAUGUCUUCCGGUGGAGCUGGAACGUCUGAAUACGCUGCGGCGGCUGGCUGUUCGCUGAUCGAGCAACGCGAAAGCCUCCGUCCCAGYAGGAAAAGGAGCACGAGCAAUGUUCUCCGAAAAAAUCACAACGGGGGUAGCAAUACCGGGAUCGACAGUGUCCUGGACGAAUGCAGCCUGGUGCUUUUUACCUGGGGACGAGGAGAGGACGGGCAGCUGGGGCUGGGGGAUUCCUCCGACCAGGACGAACCAGAAUACGUCGAUUCACUGAGGGGCGUCGGUAUUCGGCACAUUGCCUGCGGUUCGGGACACACGGUAGUCCUCUCGACGGAGGGCGAGGUCUACACGUGGGGGAGGGGCGAUGACGGCCGCCUCGGCCACGGAGACAACGGCUGGAAAUAUGUUCCCCGAAUUACGCGGUCGCUAGAGCGACAGGUGGUCACGAAGGUGACCUGYGGCAGCUAUCACACGGCUGCUGUCACCGGGAACGGGGAUUUGUACACUUGGUGAGUUUUAUUGUUCUCUAGUGUGUUAGUGUGCGCAGUAUAUAAUKAUGUGAAAAAUAUUUCKUUUUUUUUAGGGUAUGUCACCCACACUGCACAUAGCAUCUUAUCCAAUUGUUCCACAAUGUGUGUUCGACGUGCAAAAUUGUCCAGGGGCGGCGGAAUGUACGGCAAGCUCGGACAUGGAAACGAAGCAGGACAUUCUACUCCCAAACGAGUGGAUGCCCUCAAAGGCUUGGCAGUAAACCAGAUUGCUUGCGGUUCGAGGCACACCGCCAUCGUUACAUCCUCGGGUGCCAUAUAUACGUGGGGGGACAAAGAAAACGGUGUGGUCGGUCACGGCGAUACGACAGGGCAUCAAUACACUCCCAAGCUGGUACAACGCUUGGCGGAGAAACGGUACGGCUUMUUGUGUUUCGAUCCCGCGUGUAUCACGGGACUAUCUUUUUUUCGUCUCUCACUUUACAAMUAUUUGCUGGGUUUUGUUGCAUUCAUUUGAAAUCGAAACAUGCUUCUGGUAGAAUUGUUCAACUUUCGGCCUGUGCCUUUCAUACUGGAUGUUUGACAGCGGAUGGAGAGGUGUUUACGUGGGGUGAAGGAAAAUUUGGAAGACUUGGCCAUGGUGCUGAGCGGAAUUGCCACGUGCCUCGACUCGUAGAGACAUUGGUCGGGAGGAAGCCGCGUCAGCUUUCUUGUGGAGGCUUUCACACUGCCGUUGUCACUGAAGAUGGCCGUUUGUACACCUUUGGUGGAGGAGAGCACGGCCAAUUGGGCCACAACAAUCGAUUCAACAAGGUGAAACCAACCUUUGUGGAGGCCUUGGCGGGAGUCUUUGUGUCGCAAAUCGCUUGCGGGUGGUCUCAUUCCGUGGCCCUGACAAGCAAGGGAAAAAUCUUCACCUGGGGCAACGGUGAUCACGGAAAGCUGGGACAUGGAUCUGGUSGCAAGGUUUGCGUUCCAAAUGAGGUCGAGAAACUGAAAGAUUAUCGGGUAGUUCGCGUCGCCUCGUACAACGAGCACACCGCGGCGCUUGUGGAACCUUUUGAGUCGAAUGCCCUAGGCCCAGGAAGUGGGGCRGCAUUCCCCGUCUCCUCAGCCUACGCAUCCCAGAUGCGGUCCUUGGUCAACGACGAAGAAUUUUCUGACGUGACCUUCUUGGUUGAGGAUCAACCUAUCUACGCUCAUCGUGCCAUUCUGGUGCAGCGAUGUGAUCACUUUGCCGCCAUGUUCCGAUCGGGGAUGAGAGAGAGCGUUGAACCGACGAUACCGAUCGUAGAUAUUACGAGGAAUGUGUUUCUCCUCUUGCUGGAAUAUGUCUAUACGGAUGCGGUCAAGGUUGAUGUGGAUUAUGCCAUUGAACUCUAUAUCGCUGCAGACAUUUACCAUCUGGAUCGGCUGCGCGACAUGUGCUGCACGGUGGUUCGUCGGAACCUCAACGCCGAGAAUGCGGGAMCGCUCGUGCAGACGGCAGACGAGAAACACUGCCACACCUUGCGCGAUGUCUGCAUGGCCUAUAUUGUGGAAAACUUUGAUGCCGUGAGCAAAACCAAGGGCAUCAAAGAGGUCAGCCAUGGUCUGCUUCUGGAAAUUCUGUCGCAGCGAUGAUGCUUGGCUUGAAUGUGUUAGAUGGAUGGCAUAUUUAAAAAACAUCUAAAACCGAGACUUUGAUGGUGGGCGACGGUGCUAUACUUUGUGCUCUUUCAGAAUUUUCAGUGUACCRCCAAUGCAUUUGUGUUUCGACCGGAUCAAGUUUUUUAUGAGACGAAUACUUGCAUGAUGGCCAAUUCCUUGUCACAAAAUAGAGAAUGUAGAACACAUACAAGUGAAGUCAACUAAAAAUGAAGAUCGAAUUUGAGUGGCCUGUAUGGAAAUAGUGGUAUAGAAGAAAUUGAGCACAACAAACUGACGAUAAUUGAUUGAUCAUUUUGGUUCAUUCUUCGUGAGAGUAUGUAACGCAAAACAGAGGUACAUGGAAAAAUGAUGUUAUUUAGUGUGACGUUAUAUGAGAUUAGUG